UCCGAAGCUAGUCGCGGGCAACACGCGCUCCCGGUUUCGCGUCCCCGAAAUACCCGAGCCACAGAUUGUAUUAAUUAAAAAAAAAGUAUGAUCAGUUGAUUGAGUGACGGUGUUCGAAUUUUGAAGUGCGUAUUUUGUGAUUUGAAUAACACUACACACAUUACACCAAGAGUUUAUUUUUUAAUAUCACCAUGCCUAUCGGUAACCUGAGUAAGGAUACUGGGGCUCGCCGGGAGUCCUUCAGACCUCCAUGGGUGAAGGAAAAGGAUGUGGAGGCCCCACCUUCUUGGAUGCAGAAGAAAUUAAAGCCAGUGGAAACCCUUAGCAAGACUGCGUCCAUAGAGGAUGCUGCAGCCGCUCCUACAACCGCUAAGCCGUUGAAACCUGUAUUGAAAAAGCAGUCGACGAUCAGAGACAAAUCAGAAAACGGAGUGUCACAGCCCGUGGAAGAAAAGCUAGUGAAGCCUUCAGCAGCGAAACAAGCCGACCAAGCAGCGAAAACAACCGAAGAAAAACCUAAAUUCACUAAACCUACACUCAAAAGUGCUUUAAAAUCAGAGGAGAAACCCUCUAACGAUAAAAUAGAAAGACCAACACUAAGAAGUGUUAGAACUAUAGACGACAAAGCUAAAGAAAAGUCUGUGACUAUAGUAGAUAAAAGACCAGAGAAAAAUGGUCCCACCAAAGCAAAUAGCACGGUAAAUGACAAACCAGUGGUUAAUAAUAAAGUUACCAGCAAAGAUACUAAGCCUGUAACAAAAGUUGUUAAUGAUAAACCUGCACCUAAGGCUGCAGCUGAGAAACCAGUUCCUAAAGCUCCUGAAAAGGUAGUAUUAAAACCCGUUGAAAAGGUAGAACUCAAGCCAGUACCUCCUAAAGAGGAACCCAAACCUGCACCUGCAAAACAGGAUUCUAAACCUACAAAGGUAGAACCCAAGACACCAGUCUCAAAACCUGAGCCUAAAGCCUCUGAGAAAGCUGUAGAAAAAUCAGAAAGUACAGACAUGGCUACUAAACCACCGCUUGAGAAGACUCCUUCAAAGCUCCCACCGCGUAAACCACCGAUUCAAAAGCAACCGUCAAAGGAUGACGUACCUGUCAAAAAGUGGCGGGACCCCCUGCAUGAGCGUGUCAAGGAGAACAUUGACAAGACCCUCAACAACGAGGUGCCUAAGGGUCACACACUCACCAAGAAUGAGAGCUUGAGAAGUUUGCUGAAGCCCACACCGCCACCGAUGCCACCGCCCAUGCCGCCUAAGAUGCCCCCACCACCAGAGUUUAAGAAGUCACCCUUGGACCCUGAGAAGCUGAAGAGGAUCGAACAACUGCGCAGCAGGCCUAGAAGGAGACCAGACUGGUCUGACAUGAUGAAGGAAGUGGAACAGGGAAAGAAGUUGAAACAUGUUGUUUGUAACGACAGGUCAAGUCCGAUCAUCACCAGAUCAGCAGUAGUGAAGAACAAAGGACAGUUCAUAUUCGAAUCAGAAAAGCCGAACUCACACAAUGCUUUGCUAAAAGAGAUCUCAAAGGGAGUGAAACUGAAGAAGACAAAGACAAAUGACAGGAGUAAACCGAAUCUGGAAGGUUUGAGGAAGUUCAGGAGACAGAUGACGAUUGAGGAGCAAGUACAGAAGAGUAUGUCGCAAGCUAAUAUUGCUGCGUCACCGUCUGGAGUUGGUUUGGCUGCAGCUGAGGCGAGCAAUUCACAUAUACCUGGUAUUCUACCAACUGAAGAGGAAGACAUCGAUGAAAUGGACGACAUCGAUAAGGUCAGAGAUGAUCUGCAGUCUACAAAGCAGUUGCUAGCUAUUGAACUGAGAAACAAGGAGGCUCAAGAGAGAGAAAACAAACGACUUCUGACAAGGAUAGCAAACUUAGAAGCAGAAUUAGCGAGAGAAAGAGCAUUCAUCAAACAGGAACAACACAAGACUGUGAUCUCCGUCACCGAUGCUUACGAUGAAAGACUAGUAAAUAGCCUAAAGAUGGAAGUAGAGAAGACUAAAGAAAAUGCUGACAAUUUGGAGAAACAGUACUUACAAGCUGCAGAAGAUAGGGACACAGCACUCACAGAGUUGGAAGAAGUCAAGAGAAGGAAUGCAGAGUUAGAGAAGAAACUGGAGCAAGCUAUGUCGGGUGAGCUAGAAGAUUUAUCAGAAGAACCAUUGUCAUUUUACCAAAAACGUCAACUUGAUUUCGCAAAAGAAUGCAAGUUGUUAGAUAUUGAAAUAAAUUCGCCUGAAGCUGAAGCGUUGAUGAAAAGGAAGCUUGACGCUAACAACAAUAAUAUUGCUAGAACUAAUGCUAAUGCUUAUACUAACGUAUCUGCUGAUGAGGGCAUCAUGCCAACGAGCAUGGGUUCACGACGCUCGAGCCACGCCAUCAAGCAGCUGUCCGUCACCAAGGACGACAGCUUCGAAGAGGAAGAGGAAUCUGAUGAGGAAGAGGAGGAAAGUGAAGAGAAGAAGCAGAAGAGAAUGGAGAAGGAAGUCCGCAACAUGAGGAACAAGAUACGAUACCUGAAGGAGAAGCAGGACCACAUGAAACGAGAGAGAAUGGGCUUCAAGAUGUCGCUGAAGAACCAACAGGCGGCAUUGAAGGAAGAAAAGCGAAAGUACAAGGAGUUGAAACGCGAGGUGGACAAGAUGGCUGCUAUGAUGAAGGAAUGCGGAUCAGAUGAUGAAGAUGACGAGGAGGAGGAGGAAGAGUCUGAAGAAGAGAAGAAGUCAGAAUCAGAAGAAGAAGAAACCGAGACUGAAACAGAACAAGACACUGAGAGUGAGACAGAGAGCGAAAGUGAACCGGAGGAUGCUCCUUUACCAAAGAAGAAAGAGAAUCUCACAAAGAGGGUAAAACGCCACGAGACCAGGGUCCACGCGCUGAAGAAGGGCAACGCGCUCCUGAUGGCCAACGUGGACCGUUUGAAGGACGAUGUACUCAAACAGAGAGAAGAAUCUGUCACGCUGCAGAAAGAACUGGACUCUCUUAUUGAUGACCUGGAGUAACUCUAUAAAUACCUUCUCUUCAAUAAAUUAAUUAGUUCUAUGAUAUCGUCCAGAGAUGGCGCUGUAUUGUGUUGCUAGCCACAAAAAUUAUAGCAGUGUGGUGGUUCCUACAUAGACCUACGUAUAAUGGUGUUUACUUCUUGAGCAGUUCGGUAAAUUGGCCGAAUUGUUACUGUAUAGGCUUUAAGCACCUAUUUCUGAAUUGGACUUUAUAGUACGUAGUGUCUUGGAAAUUUAUUUUGUAAAGCUAGCGACACACUAUUUCACUAUCUCCGGCGAUGGUAAUGACAUUAAGUAACCUACCUUUUUAUCUUCAGGCGGUUAAACUCAAUUUCUAUCGGCUAUCGUCUAAUCACACGUUAUCCGACCUUAAAUUUCCGACUUCAGACAGAUUUUUUAACAAAUAACAGAUUGUCUUAGGUCAUUGUUAUCGUUCAACGCGCGUACGUUGUAUUCAUUUGAUAAGAUUAGUCGAAUCGUUUAUGAUGUCGUUUUAUCGUUUACUCAUUUGCUACUGAUUACGUCGAUUCAGUCGGAAAAUGCCCUCAAUUUUUUAUCCAAGAAUCUCAGAUUUUGAUCUAAAUAAACAUACUUUUGUCACAAAAUCAGAGUUUACUCGUUGCUAUAGCUAGUUGUUGUAAUAAUCAUUUUUAAUGUCGUACUGAAAUGUCUCUCUAUGUGUAAUUUAUUUUUGCAACAGUUCGACUUAGAUAGUACAAUAAAUACAUAAUUUUCAUAUUAUUUAAAUUAUUUUAUGUAGAUAGUCGAAUUAUUUUCUGAAUUGACUAUUCCUUAUCAUCAUUUUUAAUAAUAAUUUACUGUUCUAUAAGGCUUUUUAAUACUUAUAUCAUAAUUUUUUGCCAAAUUAUACUUAACUGCAGACAAUUUGCUGCUAAAACGUUUGUAAUUUAUCAAAAUUUUAAUAUUUUCUUAAUUUAUAAGUACUUAAUUUUAAUUUUUAAUCUUAACAAUGAACGUAAUCUUCCUAUCCACUUAUGUUUCACUCAUUAUUGCUAUCAUGUGAUUUGUACAUAAUAUUUUUAAGUUAAUAAUUAUUUAUAAAGUACCUAUACUAUUGUAUUACCAAACGGCACAAUAAACUUUUACAUAAUA